UUUUGAAAAUGUCAUUUAUGAUUGUCCGUAUGUCCGAUUGUCCGUAUGUCCGAUUGUCCGUAUUGUCCGAUUGUCCGUAUGAUUGUUGUGCAUUCAUGCUGUAUAUUAAUAUUUAUGUUUUGGUAGAGCCAAAUCCCUAUUCAAAAAUAGUAUUAGUGUAGUGGUAUUCAAAAAAUGUUUACCUCACUAUCUGGUAACUCUCCAUUUAAAAAAUGGUACCGGGGACUUUAUAGAUAUACUUAAUUGCCAAUAUGGGUUAUAUCAUCUGCUCUCUAACACAAUAAACAAGCCCUUAAAAACUAAGUUCUGCCAAUUAGAACAUUAGUAAUCCUCCAGUCCAUUUCUGUCAUAAAUUCGAUUUCUCUGUCUGUAUCUGUCACAUUUAAUUACACCCGUUAAAAAAGCAUAAUUAGCAUUUAAAUCUCUCCCACUUUUUCUCCCUCCCUCUCACACUCCUCAUGUCUCUGUUUCCAAGGCAACUAAUGCUUUUUCCCUCUCCCUCUCUACCUCUCCUUUCUCUCCCUCACUCCCUCCUUCUGCUGCGAGAGGAGAGAUGGUAGAAAGAGCAGCUUUGCUGUGAACAGCUGAAGCGAUGGGGAGAUGCUCCCUCUCUCCUGUUACCCGAAUGGCUGCCCUCUGCUGUCUCCUGGUUGCAGUGGCGAUUCGCCCCAUAUCAUGUGAUGAGGGUCAGAAAAGUGCAACGAAGCAAGGGGGUGAAAGGGAGCAGGUGAAAGCAACACAGAGAGGCUCACUCUCACCUCAGCUGUCUGUCACAACUCAGGCCACUCCCACCCCGCUCUGGGUGGUCGUUUGGGGUCCGACAGAGAUGAACGAAGAUGAGACAAGCCUCUUUGUGUCUGGCCAACAAAUGGAUCAUUAUCAAAAGGCGACAAAGUCUUGGAAACAACACAAGAGUGCUCCAACCAGUGGACCACAAGAGACCUUACUGGGAGAGAGAGAGAGAGACACUCAGGAAGCUGGAGAAGGACAAGUCAAUGAGGAGGCACCAGAGGAAGUUGACCCUCAGUUCUAUGUCACAGUGACGAUAUCCUCAGUGUUAAUUGUGUCGGCAAUCAUCAUAACUGCUAAACUCUGUUAUGAUCACAGAAGUUCCUGGCACCCCCCGCCUCUUUCCCAUGCUAUGGCUCCCUCUCUUUCUCUGUCUCUCCCUUGUUCCCUCGCUCCAGAGGGAAGCAGACAGACACUACAGAGCACUCCCUCUGUCAGAGACAGAAUGCCUGAGGUGAUCCUCUAAGAAGACUCAGAAGACUGUUUUCAAAUUAAAUGAUUACAUUUCUACUUUGUAUUUUGAUUGUGUGAAAUAGCAAUUGUACAUUAUUUUGUUUUUUAAACUGUGUGACAAAUAGGUGUUCAUACAGUGAUUGAAUUUGUAAAGAUAAUCUCAGCUCAUCCUGACUCGGUCUGUACUGCAUAUAUCUGGAUUAACUGAUUACAUCUAUUUUUGAUGCCUUUGUAUUAUCCCAUAUCCCUCAGUAUUGCUGUGUAGAAUAUGCCAACUUCUGUUUAUGUACCCAGUGACUUCCCUUUUUGGGGACCAAGCCACACUUGAAAUGUUUAUUUUUAAAAUGUAUUAUUACGCCAUCCAAAGACUUGUUUUCAAGAAGCACUUUCAGUUCCUUAAGUGUGCGCGUUAAUGUCCAGCAAUCAUCCCAUUGCAACUAAUUACCCGCCAAACUGGAUAAGUAAGUGUUGAAAAGGAAGUCAUUCCAAGCAACAGUAUUGCUACUAUAUUUUCAAAGUUUGUAAAAGUAAUUUGGAUUCCAUUAUUAAUAUGAGGCUUACUUGCCAAACAGAUGCCUUUACUUUACAUAUUCAUUCUAUCUGACUGCUAACCAAAAAAGUUUUGUAGUUUGAAAGCUUUCUUAUGGCGCACUCAUUCAGAAACACUUUCUAUACUCAACAGUGCUGAAUGUUCAAAGCGGCCCAGUAAUUUCUGUAAAACCAUUGCAAAGUAGGUGUAAUCUAGAGCUGUCUCCUUCAUGUGGCAUGUCUGAAGUCCAAUUAUUUGCCAGCAAAGCAAGCAAGCAUAAGCAACCAAAGCAUUGCGGGUUAUCUACUGUGUUGUGAAGCAUGUUAAUUGAAUGACUCCAAACUCCAAUUCUAGCAUGCUCUAGCUAGAGAUGUUUUCUAUAAACAAAGAAACAGUUGCACACAAUGUUUUCUGGUGGAUGUUCAUUCAGCAGUAGCAGUCUAAGGCACUCUCUCAAUUGAAUCAACACUAUACACAUUAACAUGCAAGCAGGUGUACUAUUAUUUCAUAUAUGUAGUGUUUAUAAAAAAUGUUUAUUAUAUCAAAACACAAUUCAUUCUUCUAUGUUUGAAGUGGUGGGUAAUUCAUUUAUUUAUGCAUUCAUUUAUUAUAUAUGAUAUUUAUAUUUAUAUAUAUAUUUAUAUUAUACAUAUAUUAUUUAUUAUAUUAUUUUUAUUUAUUU